AUGGGUGAGAUGGCACAGCAACACCGGCGGCUACCUCCGUCUGUCAAGCAUUCCAUGCCGUUAGUGACACAGGUGGAAGAGGAGGGAAAACCGGGCCCACGUAAGCGACUGCAGCAAUCUGCAUCGAAAAGGGGCGUUCAUUCCGAGCCUAUUCAGCUAAAUGGUCAGGUCGACACAGACGAUGAUGACGAUCAGGAGGAGGAAAGAAAUUUGAGCAAACUGAAGCGGGCCAAGCUAGAGCGCAUCGUCGCGCGCGUGAUAGAGCAACAAGCAAGGCGUCGUCAUGGGAAACGCAGCGUGGUGGUCAUUGACUGGGACUGCGCUGACUCUGACGAACUGCUCUCGGACGACGCUGAGGGGGGGAAAGGAGAAGAUGAAAAAGAUGAGGAAACGGUGGCUAGGACACGAGUGGCAGCACGGAGCCGGAAGGGGCCGGUGUCGAAAACCCCCAACCAGGCCGCUUCCAUCUCCGUUACUGCACCGUCUGCCACAUCAACCACAUUGAGGCAGCAGAAGCUGGCUUCUGCUGCCCGCCAUGUGGCGGCGCGUGAGCCCUCAACACGAAAACGAAAUGCUACCAGCGCAAGCCUUGCGCCAGAGUUGGGGGACUCACUUCUGCUGGAAGAGGACCAGCCGGUCUUGCUCCGCCGUCCCACAACGGGGCGGCGUGUUCCCACUUGCUCCAUCCCGUGCCUGUCUGCUGAGCCGGAGGAUGAUUCCGUGUUUGAUCAAGCGGUGGAUGUUUCACGCAAACCACCGGGUCGGGGCCCCGCCUCAAAGGCGACACGCCGCAAUCGCAAAGCUUCGACGUAUGCGCCGGGAACGGCCCCGGCGCCUCAUUUUCCUGCUUUGUCUGUUUCUCCUUCAACGGCCACUGUGCAGGUUCCCCGCAGUUUCACUUCCGCUCGACAGGGCUUGCUGGAUAACGUCGAGGCAUCGGAGGCCCCGCUACCGCAGCCUGUCACUUCACGUCGUCGUAGCCGCGCUGCUUCGGCGGCCUCGAAGCCACCGGCAUCAGGGUUUUCGUCCGAUGACCCGAUGGCUGUGUUCUUUGGCGCGAGCUUCCCCAGCCCAUCCAAGUUUGAGGAGAUGGUGAUGGCUGCGGGUGGUCUUCCGGGUACGCGAGGAGCGGGGCGCGGGCAGCCGAGGCAACCGGCACUUGUUCUGCCCGACUCCAUUUCGCGCCGUCGUUAA